AUGGCGAAUGUAACAAACAUUAGUAACUCAUCAAACUCAACAAUUUCGAUCUUUGCGAACAGUUCUUCGUUAAAUACAGCUGUUUGGAUAGCAACAGCAGGUGCCUGCUUCUCGUAUGGUUUGGGUUUUAUCGGUAAUUUUCUUUCGUUGAUUGUCUUCUAUUCUCAAGAAGAAUUUCGAAAAAUCUCCACUGGUCUUUUAUUUAUUCUCAUAACCAUUGCUAAUUUAUUUCACUUGUGGACAUUGCUGACAGAAUUUCUGACGACAUAUGGUAUCUCUAUGUUUCAACAGAUCUUCUUCCAAUGCCGAUUAACAUAUUUCAUCCAGAAUGUUAGUCGAGCAAUGAGUACGUACUUCAUGGUUGCAGUAGCCAUUGAUCGAUUAAUUCGAACAGAAUUUCCUGCGCGAUCGAAGACAUUAUGUACAAGACGAAAUGUUAUUUUGUUUACAGUAAUCUUUUUCAUCAUUUUCUCGUUAUUUUGGUCAUUUUAUCUCUACCCAAUGCCUUCAGUAACUAGUAAAAAGGGUUCAUGUACUUUUACAUAUACACCGACGUUUAAUUAUUUCUUGAGCACACUUUAUAUUCCUAUUCGAGUAGUUCUAGUUUGUUUUAUUCCACUUAUUAUCAUGCUACUAGCCAAUAUUCGUAUGAUUUUCAAUAUCCGCCAAUCACAACGACGUGUAACAAAUCAAAUAACAGGUGGCUCAUCUCGGAUCAACCGACCUGUCCCAUCUGUCUCGAGUUCCGUUGGGAGGCCAUCUCGACGAAUGACCGCUUUAGAUCGAAUGCUUUUCUAUAUGAUGGUUGCCAAUGUGUUGACAUUUCUUAUUUCGCAAGUUCCACUUCAUACUUUCAUGUGGAUAAGAAAUAGUCUUACUGGAUACGAUGACUUCACUCUAUCAUUUAUUCGAACAGUGCUUCUGAUUUGGUCAAGUUUGUAUUUUGGUGUGGCAUUCUAUUUCUAUUGUUUGGCAUCACCGUUGUUUCGUGAGAAAUUCAUGAAAAUUAUUUGCUUUAACAUAAACUCCCGAUCAACGACAAUUCUACCCAUGAUUAGCAAAUAA